CUUCAUUUCGAAGCUGUGCGGAAACAAUAUGGCAGACGAAAACAUAAGGAAUCGCCGAACAGGCGAAAAUAUGUCUCCAAACGCCCCAGAGACAGGAUUUCCCAGUGGAAUGCCAGGAUUUACGGGUGCAUCUUAUCCUGUAUACUCUAUAACGCCAUGUAAGACGGCCACAGAAUACGUAACGGCGGUGAGAGAGUGGUUAAAUUACCAGUAUUCACUCAGUUCUGCGGCGAUGAUGGCACAGCAGGUCCAAAUGUUAUCAAGCGUGAACGCCGUAAUGGCAGCUUACCAGGCGCAGCAGCAACAACAACAACAAACAAUGAAUGGAGUCGGUGGCAAUUUAUCACAACAGCCGCCUCCACCGUUUGCUGCUGCUGCCCCUCAACCGCAGGCUAGAGAACAGCCAGCGCAACAGAAUUUCCAAGGACAGGCUGGUGAAGUCUACACAAUACCACAGUUGUGGAAGAGGGUCACAGCUGAAUUUUUGGACUUUGUUCUUCUUUUUAUGAUGAAAAUAACAUUGACACUCAUGGUUGCUGAGCAGUUUAAAUUGAGCAACUAUCCAAAGUAUGACUUAGAAAGCCUGCUUAGCCGCACAGAAAUUGAUUAUGAAACAGCACUACAGAUUACAUCUGAGAUUGUUGUCAUGGAAAUAAUAAACAGGAUAGCUAUCACCUUAUUUGAGACAAUGUGUCUGCGUGGUGGCAGAAGAAACAGAGGGGCAGCGUCUCCAGGGAAGAGAAUGAUGAGACUAAAGGUGGUAUCCUGUGACGACGUGGUGGAUCUACCUGAUGGUAAAGUGAGGGUCACCCCAGCCAGAAAUAUUGGGCUUUUAAAUGCAUUUAUUCGAGCCUCCAUGAAGAACUUCUCACUGGCAUUCUUCUUCCCUCUCUGUCUAACAGCUUUAUUCUUUCAACACGGCAGGGCAGUCUAUGAUGUCGUAUCUGGUAGCAUUGUUGUUGAGAUGCCAAAUGUGCAACAGGAAAGGGAUCGAUAAGACCUGAAUGUGUCAGGUCUGGAGAGAUUGUUGAUUUGUAAGGUCUCAAUGAACUGAUAGUGUUUUAUUUGGGAGUGUUAUUAUUGAGGCAUUACUUGUUCAAGAGGAGAUGACCGGACUUGAAUUGAAAUUUGACAAUAUCUGAAUGUUGUCUAGUCUGGAAACAUUUUAGGACUGAGGCAUGUGCAACAUGAGAAAAAAAUAGACUUGAAUAAGGCAGGUCUAGAAGGACUGAUAAAAAAGGUCUCAAUAAACUUGAGUAUGAAGAAGCACUUGGUCAAUAGUGCAGAAUCUGAUGGACUUACCUCAAUUUAAUGUUUGUGCAGAGUGCAGAUUGAGCCCCAACUGGGCAAAGUAACUGUAUUCCUGCUCUGAUUUGACAAACGGACCCACUAGCUGUUUUUGGUCAUUUCUUUGUUUUAGAGAAAAGGGAUUUACGGAUUUAAAGAAAAAAGAUGACAAUACAGCAUCAAGCUGUAUCAAGAUGUUAGACACCUGCAGUGGAUGUACACAGGUGUUGGAAGUCUUUUAAACUAAUUAAAAGAUAAGCAUUAUAUUUUGUAAAAGAAUGUUUUAAAGACAUUGUGGCAAUGUUUGAAAAUGCUUAAAAACUCCUGUCAAACAGGAUAUGAAAGAAAAUUGUAAAACAAAUGUAUUUAAAGCAGCUGCUGAAAUUACCACCAAUUUGAUGGCGGCAGUAACUUUGAGAAAGUCUGGAGUUUCUUUACUUUCCGAAGCCUACAAGAGACUUGUGACUUACAGCACAGAAUGCAAAUGGUGCUUUUUUUUUUUAAGUAUUCAGAUGUAAGAUUCCAUUGUUUUGUGUAUGUGUGUUUACUCCACCCAUCUCUAAACAUAAGUAACUAAAAGUAUUUAAUAAGCUGUAUGUAGAAAUAUAAAAAUAAAUAAUCUUCAGACACCAGGAUUCUCAUCUGGGUUCAAAGGCCACAAGGUUUUUGCUUUACAAUUGAACUCCGACCAUCUGACUUAAUUUUUCCAAUGGAAAUUGGCCUUGGCAAAUAGGACACCCGAGAGUGAGCUUUUUGCUGUUGCAACACAAUGAGCAGAAUGUACGCAAGGGUUGUGGAGAAGAGAAAUUAAUACUUACUAUACCUUGACCCCCCCCCC